CUAAAGCUGUAUAUAAAAAUAAUACACAAUAACAAGCGUGCCGGUGGAAAUUACCCAUGCUGAUUAUACCUAUAUGAAUCUUAUUUUUCUCUCAUUAUAAUUCAUAUAAUUUUAAUUGGAAAAUUUACAAAGUAUUACUUAUAAGAGUAAAGCAAAUGUAAUAUUUUCGUCUAUAGUGACCCCCGACCGUCCUCUGAUUUAGACGUAGACGCUUAGCGCUGUCUAGACGAUGCCACACCCUGGGUUGCCAGCAAGGCGUACGUGCUUCGGUGAAACAGUAAUAAAUCAAUGCUUCGACAUUUAGACAUUAAAACACAUGCGCGGGGCAACUCCCUAGCAUCGGGCCCGGCCGACGGAGCGUCGGGCGCAGCCUCAGUCGGGAUCCGGUCUCUGUAAACUUUGGAUGUGUCGAUCCGUCUCGUAUUUUGGUAUAACAUGUGACCCAAAGUUUAUCAAAUAGGUCCCGCAUAUAGCGCAUAACGCGUUACUUUUGGCGCCCGGAACGCCAAGCUACGAUUCCGGCAUUUUAUUUUUAUUAGGACAUUGAACAGCUUGAACACGAUAUGUCUGAAAAAAUGAGGAAACUUUUACUGCUUUCUUUCUUAUUCCUGGGACAUGCCACAGCCCUUGAUGACGUGACAGUACUCACAGUGGCCACGGAGGAGAACGAUGGCUUCAAACGGUUCUUGCGAUCCGCGAAAACGUAUGACAUUGACGUGCAGGUCUUGGGGCAAGGAGAGAAAUGGGAGGGUGGUGAUAUGAACUUCCCAGGUGGCGGACAGAAAGUCAACCUCCUCAAGGAGAAGGUCGAAGAACUGAUGAAAACCAAGGAAAAUGAUCACAUCGUGAUGUUCACCGAUAGCUACGACGUGAUGUUCCUGGGCACCCUGGGCGACAUCCUGGUGAAGUUCAAGGCUAUGCCGGACACGCGCGUGCUGUUUUCCGCGGAGCCAUUCUGCUGGCCGGACCCCAAGCUCGCCGCCAUGUACCCCAACGCCGAGGUCACCAAUCCCUAUCUCAACUCGGGUGGAUUUAUUGGAUAUCUAUCGGAAUUAAAUGCCAUACUGAACGCAAGGAAGAUAAAAGACAACGAAGAUGACCAGCUGUAUUACACCAAGGUAUACCUGAGCGAGCUGAGAGACUCCCUCAAGAUCAGUCUCGACCACAAGUCCGAGAUAUUCCAGAACCUCAAUGGAGCCCUUUCUGACGUCCAGCUCCGUAUCAACACUACUGAAGAAUGGCCGUACUUGGAGAACGUGGCGACGAAGCAGCGGCCCCUGGUGGUGCACGGCAACGGCCCCGCCAAACUGAUGCUCAACACCAUGGGCAACUAUCUCGCCAAAUCUUGGUCGAUGAAGAAGGGCUGCGCUCUCUGUGCCGAGAGGAAGAUUCAAUUAAAUGAGGACAAUCUGCCGCAUGUGAUGUUGGCGAUCUUCAUAGAGGUGGCGACGCCUUUUGUAGAGGAAUUCUUUGAAUCCGUCUUGUUGCUGGACUACCCGAAGAACAGGGUGCAUCUCAUUCUGCGGAACAAUGUCCCCUUCCAUGAGCCCUACGUUGACGAGUUCUACAACAAGUACGCGAAGGAAUAUGCCACCGCAAAGAGGAUUAAACCAAUUGAUUACAUGAGCGAAGCUGAAGCAAGGAACCUUGCCAAAGAUCGUUGCACAAACAGCAUGUGCGACUACCUGUUCUCAGUGGACAGCGUGGCUCGUCUCAAGCCACAAACUCUGCGCGUCCUGCUGACUUCAGGCUAUGACGUCAUCGCACCAAUGCUCGCUCGCCCAGGCCAGGCCUGGUCCAACUUCUGGGGAGCAAUCAACGCCUCCGGAUACUACGCCAGGUCCACUGAUUACAUGGACAUCGUCUACGGGAGUAUCAGGGGCGUAUGGAAUGUGCCGUUCAUUACCAACUGCUACCUGGUCAAGAUGGAGCUGUUCCACACGCCGAAGGGGCAGGAGGUCACCUACGUCAAGGACGACGUCGACCCCGACAUGGCCUUCUGUAACAGCUUGAGGAGCAUUGGUGUGAUGAUGUACGUUAACAACGAGGAGGAUUUGGGCCACUUGGUGAAUCACGAGAACUUCGACGUGAGCCGCACGCAUCCCGACGUGUACCAGGUGCUGGACAACAAGAUGGAGUGGGAGCGUCGCUACCUACAUAAGGAGUAUCUCGCCAACUUCAUUGAUGGACAGAAGCCUAAGAUGCCGUGCCCCGACGUGUACUGGUUCCCGCUGAUGUCGCCGCGCUUCUGCAAGGAGUGGAUCGACAUCAUGGAGGCCUACGGAAAAUGGAGCGACGGAUCCAACAAUGACAAGCGUCUGGAAGGCGGCUACGAAGCGGUACCGACGCGCGACAUCCACAUGAACCAGGUGGGGCUGGAGCGCCAGUGGCUGCACAUUCUCAAGGAGUACGUCCGCCCCCUGCAGGAGAUGGUUUUCACUGGAUACUACCACAACCCGCCGGUGUCUAUAAUGAACUUCGUGGUGCGCUACCGGCCCGACGAGCAGCCCUCGCUGCGUCCCCACCAUGACUCCUCCACUUACACCAUCAACUUGGCCCUCAACACGCCUAACGAGGACUACACCGGUGGCGGCUGCCACUUCCUGCGCUACAACUGCUCGGUGCGCGACACUCGGCUCGGCUGGCUCCUGAUGCACCCCGGCCGCCUCACCCACUACCACGAGGGCCUGCCCGUCAACAGCGGCACGCGGUACAUCAUGAUCUCCUUCGUGGAUCCAUGAGGCCAGGCCCGCGCCGGCUCCGGCCAGCGCGCCUCGCACCCAAACACGCACGCCCACAAGCUGCAUACCCACCCCCAGCCCAAACCUCAAAAACGGCGAUCCCGCGGACCUCUCAUCCUCCACAUCAUAUACUUCUUCCUCAACACCGCCUUCCUUGCCUUCUUCUACCGCCACCUGCAUUACUGUAUGUGGUGAAUACAAUCUCCCUCCCCCCUCCUCUCUAUCACUGCACCUCACCUGUCAAGUCAAACCACUAUUGUAUACCAGCAUUUGCAUAUCUCAGAGGUAAACAAUACCUUUGACUUGACUGGUGACGUAUAACGUGAGGACGCGGCGCUCCAGACGGACCGGGCGGUGGCGGCGGUGGCGGCGGUGGCGGCGGCGGCGGCCGACAGCCACGGCGAUAUAAAAUAUAAUCAUUCAAUUACUCUAUAUAUUAUUAAGACGAGGCAAUGACAAAUCUUGAAACUUGACAAUACGCCAUAAUUCGGCUAAAGCUAUUGCAAGUCUAGAAUCUUGUCAGCCUAGUAUCGUCGCCCAGUAUCGCGGCAUUGAUUAAUGUCUAGCUAUUUGUCUCCAAUAUAAGGCAAUGGGACAGCCAUUACUUGAGACAUAAUCUAGUAUGUAAGCAUUCAACUUCUAGACUCUCUAAGUCUGACUUAGAAAUUAUUUUUUGAAUGUAACCUACAUUAUUUUUUAACAAAACUUUCUUGCCCUGUAUUGUUUCUGUUUUUAA